GCAUAGAUUCGUGCAGUGAAAGUUGAAGAGUGUCAAGAAAAUGGAGCACUACGCUCUAAUGCUGACAAGUAUCACUUCCAAAGUUGAAUUGCGGCGCCAGCCAUCGUGUCAGAUGGUACUAAAAUAUGAUGAACACCGCCUUGAAAGAUUUUAUCCCAUAAAAUAAUAUUUUAUUUGCAACAACUUUUAACUAUUAUAAGUAGUUGUAAUAUUAUAACAUUAUUUUAAUCAAAUAUCAAUUGAAAUAAUAAACUAUUAUGCACUUUACCUAAAUACAAUACCGAGAUUACCUAGAUCCAGCUAAUUUAAUCACAUUAUUACAUAUCAUUAUUUUACCUCCGAUUGUCAAUAUAUAAAGUUGGGAAAAACAUUGAAAAUUUUAGGCAUUAAAAUGAGGGGAAUUCUCAAAUUUUUGGUAUUUGCCACGUUCAUUACUCGCAUGAUGCAGCUGCCUAGUGCACCGUCAAAUAUGUUCAGUCUUCGAAUGAACAAAAGCUCACGCGAUGCCAUCACAUUCCCGGAAGAAGACGAAAUAAUCGCUCCGAGAAUCGAAGACCUGACAAAAUGCUCCAACGGACGUACAUAUUGCGAAACCUUCGACAAGUAUCCAACCAGUCACGUAAAAUACGUGAUGCGGGAGAAUCCGGUUUACAAAGCUCUCUUCGGCGAAGAGGAAGAGAGCGAAUUUAUAACUAGAAGAGACGAAGAGGAAACGUUCCUUUGUAAGUCGAAGGUCGAAACCAUCUUCCCGAAAGUUGGUAAAAAUAUCAACAACGAAUGGAGGUUCAUCAUAAAUCAAAAGGACGACGGAUUUGUGCAGGGUAUACGAGUGGAGACCUGCAAAUCGGAGGAUUUGCCCUGCGACAUUAUCGGCGAAAUGUCCGCCGUUUACGUAACAAAAUGCAAACAGAAGUACGUGCGUCGACGGAUGUUGUCUUUGACGAACCAAGGUGAACCUGUUCCGGACACGUUCCUUAUGCCGUCAGCAUGUUGUUGCUCGUACAAAAGUGCAUAUCAUUUCAUGUUCAAAGGGGCCCUGGGGUGACGGCGAUAAAAUAGACAAUAGUUUGGACUAGAGAGGCCAAGCGGUACUCUGUUUUUUAAUGAUAAAUUGUAUAUAAUUUAUAUUAUCAAUAAAAAUAA